CGUUACUGUAACAACCGGAACAAUCAGAGAAGCGUGUGCGCGACUUCCAUCUCCCUCCACACGAAACGCAAUUUCCAAAACCAGAGAUCGCCGUCGGCCAAACCCGACCGGCUGCGGUAACAGACCGCUUCCUCAAGAUAUGAGAUCUUGAUAGAAUCAGUUUGAAGAGUCCAAGUAAAUUUUUCGGCAUGUUUGACUUCAAAGAAGAAGGCCAGCGGACUGAAAUGACUGUCAGAAGGAUUUCCCCCGAGUUUGGGUGUCCUCAUACCCUUAAUGCUGAAAAUUAUGAUGAGGAGAUGGCUGAACUAAGCCCGGUUCUCCAAAGUGAUCUUGUUAGCCUUGGACAAGCUGCCGGAAUUGAAGAUGUUGAAUCAAGAAUUAUCUUUUCCAGUUUGGAAUAUGGUUCAAAGCCUAGUGCUACUCGGCGGCUGGAGGAUCAUUCAAAUAACUCAUUUCCAGUAUCUUCAUGCAACGUUAAGUCAGUUUGCUUGGCCUCAGAUGCCCCUAACAGCAUGAAUGAAAGAUUUCCAUCUGAUAAUUCAGAUAAUAAUGCUUCUUCUGAUGGACCAUCAUCUGAUAACUGUUUCGAUCGUGGGGAUUUGGAUGACGAGAGGGAGGUAAUUCAAUUCUAUGCUGAUUAUCUUGAUUACCGGGGUACACAAUACAUGGAUUAUGUGGUAAGCUUCAGUAGAAGUUAUGUUGAAGCUAGAAGCAGAACUAUCCAUGGAGAUUUUCAUAUUCAUAUGGAAACUGAAGAUAUUGUGAAAAUAGAGUCUCAGUGGAGUGCUCAGAUUCAGGCUGGUACAAUCAAUAUAUAUUUCAUUGCAAAAGAUGCAGCACAGGUCGAAUUUGACGCUGUCCACAAUGCUUCAGCUGUAUCAAGAGUCCAAGAGCUAAAGUUUCCAGCUGUUGAUCCGAACUGGUACCAGAAGCGUGAAGCAAUUGAAUCUCUUGAUGACAAAUAUAAGGCAGUUUGGAAUGUCCUACUUGACACUGGAGUGGAUUCUUCUUUCAGAGAAAGGGAAGAUUGGAUGCUCACGAGAAGCUGCUUUCCUAAAUUUGAAAAGCCUUUUGGAGAAGUGAUUUAUCCAAAAGGCGAUCCUGAUGCUGUUUCCAUCAGUAAGAGAGACGCAGAUCUCCUACUACCAGAUACAUUUGUUAAUGAUACAAUCAUAGACUUCUACAUCAAAUAUUUAAAAACUAGACAAAAUGUGGAUGAGAGGACUAAGUUCCAUUUCUUCAAUAGUUUCUUUUUUCGAAAGCUGGCUGACAUGGACAAAGAUCCAUCCAGUGCUUUUGAUGGCAAGGCAGCUUUCCAGCGUGUUCGUAAAUGGACAAAAAAAGUAAAUUUACUUGAAAAGGAUUUCAUUUUCAUUCCCGUCAACUACAAUCUCCAUUGGAGUCUUAUUGUAAUUUGUUACUUUGGAAAAGUUGCGAGCUAUAAAGGGGAUGACGAGCCGGGAAGAGUUCCUUGUAUAUUGCACAUGGAUUCUUUGCGAGGAACUCAUUCUGCCCUUAAAGAUCUUAUGCAAAGCUAUUUAUGGGAGGAGUGGAAAGAAAGGCAAAAAGGAACAUGUGAAGAUCUUUAUUCCAAAUUCAGUAACUUAAAGUUCGUACCACUUGAGGUGCCGCAGCAACAAAAUUUAUAUGAUUGUGGUCUAUUCUUGCUUCACUAUGUUGAGCUCUUUCUCGAGGAAGUUCCCACUAACUUCAAUAUCUACAAGAUUACACAAUCCCUUAACUUUCUCCAGGAAGAUUGGUUUCCUCCUGCAGAACCCUCCAUCAAAAGAACUCAUAUUGAAACAUUAAUUAGUGGUUUGCUGGACUCCGAAUCUGAAGAGUGUCUUCAAUCUGGUAGAAGUGGCAUGCAUUCCCCUAAAGAUCUGAACACCAAUCAUGGGUUUGACGAUGGCAUUCAGUUAACUUUAAAAUCUGGUCCUCCGUUGGGUGGUUCUCAAGAGAGCUCACUAUACGAGGUUGGGCAGGGAAUUGAGAUGACUUUACUACCUACUUCAUCUGCCAGGAGCACCCAAUGUACCAAAACUUCAGGAUUGGUUUUAAAGGAGUUGUUCAAGCAAGAAUCUACUCCAGAAUCUUUUACUGAUGUACCUUGGGGAGCUUUAGAAAGCAGAACAUCUAUUUUUGAGCUUAAAAGCCCUGCCUCUCUCCCAGAGGGAGAGGUGAUAGCUAGUGAGUGUUUUCCGACCACAGAGUUAGUCAAACAAGUCUUCCAGCAUCCAGAUGAUGUCACCCAGGAAGCACCCACCGUUCCCUUCCAAUCCGAAAAUUAUAGAUCAGAGGCAGUUUACCAACCUACACCAGGCGAUGCUGACUCAAUGCAAGUGGCAUCUGAUCGAGACUCAGGAGCACUGCUUAAUACCGAGGGUCCUGUCGACAUCAAUGCCCCAAGCGACGACUCCUUUGUCCUGAAGAUGUUAUCAGAUAUUGGUCAAAAAUUAAAACAGUUGCGCGAUAAUGUCCUCCCAGACGAGGCGGAGGGUGCUUGUACUUCAUUUGCUUCUGGUGACAGGUUGAAUGUAGUGGAGUGUGAGAGCCCGCAUCAGAUUCCUGACUCCAACGAUCAGGACGAUCCACGCCUGCUGACCUCUAACUCUCACCCCGGGUCAGGUGAGCAGGGUAAUGAUGAUGUUGGGCGAGAACGAGUAUCAGAAUCAGCGGAAGAGCAGCAUGCGGCGAAAAGGAUGCGAACCGGCCCCACUGAUGACGGGGAAGAGCUUCGGAAUCAUCUGUUGAAGGACCUUAACUUGUAAGGGCUAAACUCAAAUAUUUUUUGGCUUCUUGUUUUUUAUGAGAUGCUUUGAUUGUAUUAAGUCCUGAAAUGUGUAGAUUAUAAUGUGGCAAAUUGGAUUGUGUUCAGUCCGGAAAUCUUCCUCUUAAACUCGCUCAUAGAUCACAAAUUACUAAUUUAAGUCUUCGAUUAUUAUUUGUUUA